GCCCUGCACGCGACCCUUAACCAAGCGUCACGAGUCACCGGAAUGAUCAUGGGGAGUUGAGAAAGAAUAACAUUAGCUAGCUAGUAAGCCAGCGACAACUGCAAUUAAUGAAAUAAUUAAGCGAAAGUUAGGGCAGCGAGCUACACUAUGGCGAAUAUCUCAAAGAAAGUGUCGUGGUCCAGCCGGGCCGAGGAGUCCGGGGUAGCCGGGGAGGGGACGUCGCUGCUCAACGGCUCCCAGCAGCCCAGACUCUCUAGACAGCUGUCUGGAGGAGGCAGUGUAUUUCAGAUAGGCAGACUCAGCACGGUGGAUUUGGAGGAGGAGAUUACGUCAGAUGAGGACUCUCUGAGGGGGCGACCUAAAGAGAUCCCUCAUAAUGAGAAGCUGCUGUCACUUAAAUUUGAGAGUCUGGACUAUGAUAACAUUGAGAAUCAGCUAUUUUUGGAGGAGGAGAGGAGGAUGAGCUACAUGGGUUUUCGCUGUCUGGAGAUCAGUCGCUGGGUGGUCUGUGGUCUAAUCGGCUUUCUGACUGGCCUCAUCGCCUGUUUUAUAGACAUUGCGGUGGAGCAACUGGCUGGGAUCAAAUACCACGUGGUCAAACACAACAUAGAGAAGUUUACAGAAGUGGGCGGCCUGUCAAUCUCCCUCAUCCUCUGGGCCGUCCUCAACUCCUCCAUUGUCAUGUUUGGGGCCAUCAUAGUUGCAUUUUUCGAGCCUAUAGCAGCAGGAAGCGGUAUUCCUCAAAUAAAAUGUUAUCUGAAUGGAGUCAAAAUUCCCAGGGUGGUACGACUCAAGACACUGGUGGUGAAAGUGGCCGGUGUUAUCUGUUCAGUGGUUGGCGGGCUUGCUGUGGGAAAGGAAGGGCCCAUGAUUCACUCUGGUGCUGUUGUAGCUGCAGGAGUCUCUCAGGGCAGGAGCACCUCCUUAAAGAGAGACUUUAAGAUCUUUGAAUACUUCCGGAGAGACACAGAAAAAAGAGAUUUUGUGUCUGCUGGAGCUGCUGCCGGAGUUUCGGCUGCUUUUGGAGCACCAGUCGGUGGCGUUCUGUUUGCUCUAGAGGAGGGAGCUUCUUUCUGGAACCAGAUGUUGACAUGGAGAAUAUUUUUUGCUUCCAUGAUCUCUACCUUCACCUUGAACUUCUUCCUCAGUAUCUAUCAUAACAAUCCAGGAGACCUUUCCAACCCGGGUCUCAUCAACUUUGGGCGCUUUGAGAGUGAUAGUGUGGCCUAUAACCUCUAUGAGAUUCCCUUGUUCAUCAUUAUGGGGGCCAUAGGUGGAUUGCUGGGAGCUCUGUUCAACAAGCUCAACUACUGGCUGACCAUCUUCAGGAUCAGGUAUGUUCAUCGCCCUUGUUUACAAGUGAUGGAGGCCAUGUUGGUUGCUGCAGUGACUGCGACAGUGUCGUUCACCACGAUCUACUUCUCCAAUGACUGUCAGCCUCUGGGGCCAGAGCACACGGAGGAGUACCCUCUGCAGUUAUUCUGUGCAGAUGGGGAGUAUAACUCCAUGGCAACGGCCUUCUUCAACACUCCUGAGAGAAGUGUUCGUAGUCUCUUCCACAACCAGCCAGGAACCUACAAUCCCUUGACCCUGGGUUUGUUCACCCUGACUUAUUUCUUCCUGGCGUGUUGGACUUAUGGCCUGGCAGUGUCUGCUGGAGUCUUCAUCCCAUCUCUGCUUAUAGGAGCAGCCUGGGGGAGAUUGUUUGGAAUCCUGCUGGCCUCCAUCACCGCCACUGGCUCGAUCUGGGCUGACCCUGGUAAAUAUGCCUUGAUUGGAGCUGCUGCUCAGUUAGGUGGCAUUGUGAGGAUGACCCUCAGUUUGACUGUCAUCAUGGUAGAGGCUACAGGAAAUGUCACAUACGGUCUUCCCAUCAUGCUCGUACUCAUGACUGCCAAGAUAGUAGGAGACUAUUUUGUAGAGGGUCUGUAUGAUAUCCACAUCAAGCUGCAGAGCGUUCCCUUCCUGCACUUGGAGGCUCCCGCCACCUCCCACUGGUUGACCGCCCGAGAGGUGAUGGGUUCCCCGGUCACCUGUCUGAACAGGAUAGAGAAAGUGGGAACCAUCGUGGACAUCCUUAGCAACACAUCAACCAAUCACAACGGCUUCCCAGUCGUGGUGCAGGUUACUGGUAGUGAUGAGCCAGCGAAGCUCUGCGGCCUCAUCCUCCGCUCUCAGCUCAUUGUUCUUCUCAAGCACAAGGUGUUUGUGGAGUUGGCCCGGUCCCGGCUGACCCAGAGGAAGCUCCAGCUCAAGGACUUCAGGGACGCCUAUCCCCGCUUCCCCCCGAUCCAGAGCAUUCAUGUCUCCCAGGACGAGAGGGAGUGUAUGAUGGACCUCACUGAGUUCAUGAACGCAACGCCUUACACUGUACCACAGGAAACGUCUCUGCCUCGUGUGUUUAAGCUGUUCAGGGCGCUGGGACUCAGACACCUGGUGGUAGUGGAUGAUGAGAACAGGGUGGUUGGACUGGUGACAAGGAAAGACUUGGCCAGAUAUCAUCUGGGAAAACACGGACUAGAGGAGCUUCAGGUGGCCCAGACAUAGCACACACACACACACAAACACACAAAUCUAUGAACUAUGACCACCUGAUGCCUUGUAAGCUCUAUGCAGGACAACGAACAAGGGCCAAGAGGUCUUUGUUAUUUUUUAUGCCAAAAUGGUCACCAAGAACACAUGGAAACCCUUUGAACAGGCCUGGGUCAUUAACAGAAUAACACGUUUAAUUGUCAAACUGCUUUUGGUGUAAACAUUGGAAGU